GUAAAUUCGCCUGCUGAAGCGGAAGCGGCCCGCGUGACUCCUGAGGAAACACGCUCCCGGUGUGCGCGUGCAACGCUUCGAACAAUACAGGAAGGUUAAGAGAUGUCUGGUGGUGGUGUGAUCCGCGGCCCUGCUGGAAGUAAUGACUGCCGCGUCUAUGUUGGUAAUCUGCCUCCCGAUAUGCGCACAAAAGAUGUUGAAGAUGUGUUUUACAAGUACGGAGCCAUUCGAGACAUUGAUCUGAAAAACCGGCGAGGCGGACCUCCAUUCGCCUUUGUUGAGUUUGAGGACCCCAGAGAUGCUGAAGAUGCUGUAUAUGCCCGGGAUGGCUAUGACUAUGAUGGCUAUCGGCUUCGAGUGGAGUUUCCGAGGAGUGGACGGGGUAUGGGGAGAGGAGGUUUUGGAGGAGGUGGUGGUGGCAGUAGCGGGGGUCCCAGGGGUAGAUACGGACCCCCAUCCAGGCGUUCUGAGUACAGAGUAAUUGUUUCAGGGCUUCCACCAAGCGGCAGCUGGCAGGAUUUGAAGGAUCACAUGCGUGAAGCAGGUGAUGUAUGUUAUGCUGACGUUUUCCGAGAUGGAACUGGUGUGGUGGAGUUUGUCCGCAAAGAAGACAUGACCUACGCCGUUCGAAAACUGGAUAACACAAAAUUCCGGUCCCAUGAGGGAGAAACUGCAUACGUUCGUGUGAAGGUGGACGGUCCCCGCAGUCCAAGCUAUGGAAGAUCAAGGUCAAGGAGUCGCAGUCGCAGCAGGAGUCGUAGUCGCAGCAACAACCGCAGCCGAAGCUUCUCACCACGUCGCAGCCGAGGAUCCCCACAAUACUCUCCUCACCAUAGCCGCAGUCGCUCGCGGUCCUGAAGCAUUCCACUCCUUACCUAUCUGGUGUAACUUUAGUGGAGCUGUUGACCCAUUCGUUGUUUGUUUUUACAGUCCUAACACACAAACCCCAUGUUUUAUUUUUUCCCUUGUUUCAUGUGACAGUUGUGUUUUUUUUUUUUUUUAAGUCUUCCUGUCCUCUUUGGUCAUGACCUUUUUUUUUUUUUUUUGCCCAUUCUUGGUUCUUUUUAAACCGAUUUUUAACUGACAGCAUUUUGCUUUUUUUAAUCCAAGUGGAAGUCUUUUUAUAGACCGAAAAAGGGAUAUGUAAUUUAUCUCAAUAUUUUUGUUAAUGUCAUCUAUGGGAGGUUCAUGGGGUAAUAGGUUCCACAAUAACUGUGUUUUAUGCUAUCUUCCUCUAGAUAUGACAACUGAAUUGUAAUAAGAGGAUUACUAAAUCCAUCCUAUGUGUAAAAGGCUGAGUUUGAACAAUAGAAAAAAAUCUAAAAUGCUUAACCAGAAAAUGUAAACAUUGGCAUCUGUGGUGCAUAGUGAAGUACUGGUCAAACAUAUUUCCUUUAGAUUGCAACUUUUAAAAUGAACAUAACAUUUAUUUCAGUUAUAGUGUUAGGUUUUGUAGGGUUAUUUGUUUGGAUAGUCUCUGUCUUGGCCUAAGUGCUGUAUGCAUGCAUUAAAGAAGGCAGGUUUGAGUGGAUUUGAUUCUAACUCUUUACCUCAUUUGUUUUGAUUUUGCUGGUAUUUAAGGUUUGGAUUGGAGAGACUCAGUGGAUGCCGGAUCACUGGGAUCAGUACAUAAUGAAGAUAGGAUAGGGAAUGCUGGAUACAAGGAACAAGAUCUUUUGCCCCAGGAUCAUAGGAUUUUUAAGACCAGUUCAAAAGUGUCCCUCCUUGUCCCCUUUAUUUGGAAAAUGUAACAAAUUUGGCCCUUCACAUAUUUAUUUUUUACACAUUGGAGGAACAGAUGCUGGAGCAGUCUAUUGGGAUGGAUUCAACAGGAACAGUAUGGUAAACUGAGGGAAGUACAUUAGGGAUGGGGUUAUACUAAGGCAUUUUUAGAUUUCUACUGUCCAAUUAUGGAUUUUAUUAUCAGUUGCAUUUGUUUUUAUUAAGUGAACAGUUUUUUUUAUUUGCUGCAAUAAAGGUUUCAUUGGUACAUAUAUCAGUGUUUGGUGUAUUCUUUUGCCUUUUCAAUAAUGCUGAAAUAAAAUGAAAUUGUUUGGAUAAGCCACACAAGUUAUGUUGCUUGGCAACUGUAAAUGACCUACAGAAUAAUGAACUUAGCUUAUAGCUUCAAUAAAAUUAACUUUCAACUUUUUAAAAAAAUUCACUCACUAAUUUGUUUUUAUUUGUCUACUAAUAAUGUCGUGUACACCUGCCACAGGAGAUUUGUUGUACAAAUUCUUGCAUCAAAUUCUAUGAUGGAAUUUACAUUUCUAACAGUUUUGAAAUGGAAACA